CAUCAAGUUUUUGACGCUCUCUUUUUCGCUUUUAGUUUUUUGUUUUUUCUUUUUCUUUGAUUUAUUGCAGUCGUCACCGUCAAAUUCUCGACACUUGAACCGUCAACUCAAGGUGGCUCAUUACAUAUGCAACUCAGCAGCGAAAUAUGUGAUACCAAAUUUCUCGAAAUACAAAGAUGAAACUUUCGCAAUUUGCCGGGUUCCAGAAUAAAAUCGGCGAGUAAUGCUUGAAGAUAAGGGGUUCGUGUAGGAUGGGAAAGAAAUUUAGCUGGCUGAGGAAAGUCUUCAAAUCUUCCUCAAAGGAAUACGAAAAGAAGAAAGACAAAACUGAGAAAUGGAAAGCAGGCACAGUAGAGACUGCAGCGGAGGAGAGCUUUUCUAUGGAUGUCUCAACCGACAAGAACCCAGAGGAGAGUGUGGCCUCAUCACCAGAGGAUGAAAGAAACCAUGCAAUCGCUGUUGCCAUGGCCACGGCAGCUGCUGCGGAGGCCGCCGUUGCUGCCGCACAGGCCGCGGCCAAAGUGGUGCGGCUUGCCGGAUUGGGCCGCCAAUCGAGGGAAGAUCAUGCUGCAACUUUAAUUCAAUCGCAUUACAGGGGAUACUUGGCAAGAAGAGCCCUACGAGCUUUGAGAGGGCUAGUGAGGCUGCAGGCACUAGUUCGAGGCCACAAUGUUCGGAAGCAGGCCCAAAUGACCAUGCGUUGCAUGCAGGCGCUAGCACGCGUGCAGGCCAGGGUCCGGGCUCGUCGCCUGCAAAUAGCCCAAGAAGAACUUCAAAAUAAGAAAGAAAAUGAAAAAGAAUAUGCAGAAGAAGAGGAGGACGAAGAGGAAUAUGAAGAAGGUGAUAGGAGGAGACUGAGUAAUAGUUGGAACGCUGGGCCACAAAAUGUAGAUGAUUUUCGGAUGAGUUCGAGGCGAAAACAUGAGGCUGUGAUCAAGCGUGAGCGAGCUCUCGCAUAUGCGGUCACACAUCAGCUUUGGCGAUCGGACUCCAACAACCACCUGCAAUUUGUUAGCGAUGACUCCUCUUCUGGCAGGCCACACUGGGGAUGGAACUGGCUUGAGCGUUGGAUGGCCGCCCGCCCCUGGGAAUCCCAUUCUGGAACUGCACCACCUCCUGAGAGCUCCUAUGUCACCCUCACCAAUACUAACACGGAUAACACCUCCGAGAGAACUGUCGAGAUGGACACAGGUGCCGGGCCACACUCAUCUCAAAUUCCGAGCAAUCACUCUUCGAGUCCUGCAAGGGCACGUUGGUGCGGUUCGCCCCCAAUCGAACACAAUGAGGAGAAGCCUCAAGGAAAGUUGGCAAUUCCUAGUUACAUGGCUCCAACUACAUCAGCACGAGCCAAGGCUCGGACCUUGUCUCAGACAAAGCGAACUGGGUGGUCCGGUGGUGGAGACUCGUCGAGCUCAGGUGGGGGUGUGAGGCCAAGCCGUAUGCUGCGGAGCCCAAGCCCUAGGCACGUGAAAGCAGGGUGGCAAGGUGGGUAUAGCCCGGAUUAGGGUAUAGCCCGGCAAGGUGGCUAGGGUUACGGGCAUAAAUAUUUCAAAUUCUUUCGUUCGUUAGGGUUUUAAAUUGCAGCUUGCCACUAUGGGCUGGAGCCCACUUGAUUAUUAUUUUAUAUAUAUAUAUAUAUUUUCCAUGGGAAAAUAAGCUUUGAAUGGAAGCGUGGAUAUAAUUUUGCCGCUUAUGUUAAUGAUCGCGCGUGUGAGAAGGUUAUGCCAU